AUGGGUAUCUCCAGCUCGUCCUCCGAGCACAGUACCAACGUCGAGCGGAAGAAUGCCGUCGUCGAAGGCAUUGAUAUCGAACGACACGCCGUUGCCGAAUCCCAUCUCGUCAACACCACGGUGAAGAACAUCAGCUGGAAGGGCGUCACGGUAACAGUCAAGGACAGAGAGACGAAGGAACCAAAGAACAUUGUCGACAAUGUGGAGGGUAUCGUAGAAGCCGGCGAGAUCCUAGCCUGCAUGGGCCCUUCAGGAUCCGGCAAGACCACUCUACUCAACUUCCUCGCGUCCCGCCCCCUCCCUUCCGCCUCCGGCGGUGGCACCACUACCUCCGGGUCUGUCCUCAUCAACGGCCAACCCACUUCCACCUCUACCUUUCGUGAGAUCACCCGCUUCGUCGAGCAGGAAGAUACUUUGAUCGGGUCGCUCACAGUGAGGGAGACUCUCGACUUCUCGUUUCGACUUGCCAGCUCGUCCAAGGUUCUCCCCAAGAGGGAGAGAAUUGCCAGGAUUGAAGGAUUACUUGAUGCUCUUGGGCUGAGAGGGCAGAAGGAUGCGCUGAUCGGCACGCCGAUUCGCAAGGGAAUCAGUGGUGGGCAGAAGAGGAGGGUGAGCGUGGCAAGUCAGUUGAUCACCAGUCCGAGAAUUCUGUUUCUGGAUGAGCCGACGAGUGGGUUGGAUAGUAAGGCCGGGUGGGAAGUGGUCAAGUAUUUAAAGGAGGUUGCGAGGAGGAACAAUUUGAUCGUCAUUGCUUCGAUUCACCAGCCCUCCACAGCGACGUUCAAUCUCUUUGAUAAACUCAUGCUCCUUUCCGCUGGCAAGAUGCACUACUUCGGCCCUGUUGCGGGCGUUACGGAGCACUAUGAGGCCUUGGGGCACGAGGUGCCGCUUCAUGUCAAUCCAGCCGAGUUCCUGCUUGACUUGGUCAACAUCGACUUUGCUUCCGAGCGCGAGGAGGCAUUCAAGGCUUUGGAUGACAUGCAGACUGCUUGGCAAGGAUCUGAGAGAUCGAAACAGUUAACUGCCGCGGUAGCCGAGGCAGAAGCUAGAGGUGGUGAGCAAGUUGAUACCUCUACCGCCGGACUUGGGGGAAAGCCGGGCUUAAUCGGUAGUACGGCAACACUACUCCAUCGGAGUUUCGUCAAGAGUUAUCGAGACGUAGUGGCGUAUGGCAUCAGGGCAGCGAUGUACUUUGGUCUCGCCAUCAUGGUUGGUACGGUCUGGGUGAGACUGGAUGCUGCCCAAGAGUCUAUCAUUCCUUUCAUCAACGCUCUGUUCUUCGGAUCCGCCUUCAUGUCCUUCAUGGCUGUCGCCUACUGUCCUGUCUGGCUCGAAGAUUACUUCCAAUACGUCAAAGAACGUCGCAACGGGCUCUACGGCCCUACAGCCCUGAUCAUCUCCAACUUCCUGAUCGGCAUCCCCUACCUCUUUGGUUUUUCGUUGCUGUUCUCCGUCAUCUCCUACUGGCUUGUUAACUUCCAGCCCACAGCGACUGCCUUCUUCACCUGGGUAUUCUGGCUCUUCUGCGACCUUUUGGCAGCAGAAAGUCUGGUGGUGUUUAUGUCCUCGCUCUUCCCCUCCUUCGUUAUCUCCCUUGCCUUGGUCGCCUUCGCCAAUGGCCUGUGGAUGAGCGUCGAUGGGUUCAUGGUGCAGCCGACGAUCUUGAACGUGUUUUACAAAUACGUGUUCCAUUACUGGGACUAUCAGAAGUAUGUGUUUGAAAACAUGAUGAUUAACGAGUUCAAGGAUCGGGUGUAUACGUGUGGAAAAUUGCCCGAGGGAAUGACGGGUGUGAAUGGGAGCAAUUGCCAGUGCAUGUUCCAGACUGAUUUGGCGGAUCAGUGUCUGAUUAGGGGGCAGGGCGUGUUGGAUCAGUAUGGGUAUAAGCCAGGCAAGCAGGGGAGGGAUAUUGGUAUUAUGUUUUGUAUCAUUGUUGGGUGGAGGUUGGCUGCCUGGGUGGUGCUGAAGUUGAAGAAGUGA